AUCGAUAUUUGGAUCGAUCCGCCCACCAUUACUAGCAGUGACGGCUAGCGACUCGCACAGCUGAGUCUAGUCAAGUCGUGAAGGGCCAGAGUCACCAUGAUUGGUGUCCUCGGCUUGCUGGCGUCCGUCCUCGGCGUGUGCGCUCUUCCACGCGUGGAGGACACAAAUAGUCAGGAGCGGCUCCUCCUCGCUGCCAUGGGCCUCUCCGAGCGGCCCGGGACCGCCGACGGCCCUCGUUCCCGGCGCCACGUUCCCCCCGCGCUUUGGAAGAUGUUCCGGAAGUCGGACCACGUCCAGGCCCAUGAGAGCGACCCAUGCACGGUGUCGGAGUAUGGCGUCCGCGGCAACAUCAUCCGAUACGUGCAAGACCAAGGGAAGCUGGUGUCUACAGGGGGGACAUGUGAGGCCUGUGUGGACCAGCGUCUGUUCUUCAACAUGUCCAUUCUGGAAUCAGUGGAGGUGUUGUCUCUAGCCCGGUUGCACAUGCACUUCCUCUGGAGGUCCGGCAGUCCAGCAGCGCUGCUACAAGCUCCUCCCACAGUCAGUGCCGCUCUCUACAAGGUGGUCAGGGCCACGCUGAAAGGAGCUGAUCCUCGGGCUAACCGUCGGCUGCUGCUGUCUCAGUCGGUCCAGCUUCUUUCAGAACCGGUCUCCAUCACCUUGGACGUUACCUCGUUGGCGGACUGGUGGCGCCGCCCGGCCCGCAACUAUGGUCUGCUGCUGGAGCUGCGUCCUUUCAGGGCCGACCCGCAGAAGCCUCUUCCCCCGGUGGAGUCAUCCUCGCCCACACCUCUUGUCCGGGCCUCACUGGUGGCGGUAUCGCUCAACCCGCACCAGUGCCGGUCUCGGCAGCGAAGAAGUGCCACCCAUACCCUGGUGUCGCCUAGCAAUGUAUGCAAACCGCGCCGCCUUUAUAUUGACUUCAAGGACGUGGGCUGGCAGGACUGGAUCAUUGCCCCUCAGGGCUACUUGGCCAACUACUGUCAUGGAGAGUGCCCCUUCCCACUCAGCGAGAGCCUCAACGGAACCAACCACGCUAUCCUGCAGACCUUGGUCCACUCACUAGACCCACAUGGUACACCGCAGCCAUGCUGUGUCCCCAUUCGCUUCUCACCUGUCUCUAUGUUAUAUUACGACAACAACGACAACGUGGUCCUGCGUCACUACCAGGACAUGGUGGUGGAUGAAUGCGGCUGUCGAUGACCGCCACACUACCGCUUCUGUUUUGUUGUCGACUUUGUGUUGACAUGAAGUUUACUCACAAUUUCAAUAAAACAUUGAAUGAUUGAA